AUGGCAGCACUUCGACAGUUUCUCAACGGCAGGGGAUACAUCAAAGACGACGGCGUCGGCCCCAGCCCAACAGCCCCGUCUUCGGAAGAGAGCAGUAAGAUGCACUCUAUGAACUACUCCAUAUCACCUCCACUACCGCAAAAACAACAAGCGAGCUCUCUCCAGAACCGGUACGAUCAGACCGGAAAUAGGCCACUGCAUUCCAAAUUCAACGACGUCGAGCCUGGAAAUUGGACUCAUCCAGCUUUGCGGAAGCACGGUGGAUCUGACGCAUCGAACCAGGACUACACCACGCGAGGAAACAGCACCGACCAGGAAAGCCGCUACCGGCCAGCCCCGCUCCGCUCCGCCACCACUGAUAACAUCCCCAGUAACACACGCGCAUCCGCCACCGGCUUCGAUAUGGAUCAGUCAUCCUUGUAUGAAGAGAAUGAGUCUCCAGCCUUGUCGCCGGCCUUGAAUAAGCACCUCGCUCUCAGGCCACGAGAUGCCCAGGACGAUCUGCGGCGGCGCAGAAGCAGGUCGGUGACAGAAGAUGAUCGCUACUUUGGUACGGGAGAUCAUUGGGAUGGAUAUGGCAAAGACACCCCCAAGCAAUCCCGUAAAGACUCCAUACUGUCAACAUCAAAGCCAUUGCCCGACACAAAGGAGUCAAGAGCGGUACAAUUACUGAAGGAUCGUCAAAGACCGCCAACACGACAAGAUAGCGUGAACGCGGCCUCGAACACUAAUAAGCACCUACCUUCACCAGCACAGAUUUUGACGCAACAAGCAUACCAAGGACGAUUUGAUAAUCACGCACGUAACGAAUCUGUUCCGCAAGGCCCAACUAAGGUCGCACACACUCUGAGUAAUGACAGUAGCCCUACCGACUCGGUCAACACCAGUGAUAGCGGCUCAGGACAAGGCCGCAGUCGCAACCUGAAGCGAUCCCGAGAUCUGGAUUACAGCAUACACGGAUUGGCCGACAUGAACUACCAACAACUGAAAGACGAGUCCUUUGAUCAUGUCCCUGGGGCUGCGAAGAUCCUUGCUCAGUUUGAUCUUCCCAACCCCAAUCUUGGCCUCUCGGAUCGGCUACAACAAAUCUACGAAGACAAGAGCCACAAAGAUCGCGAGUUGCGCGCUCGGGGUUUCUUCUCUUCUCUCACCAUUGAUCAAUAUGAAGAGUGUGGUGAUCUGCUGCUUGACGGCUUCCGUAAAGUGAUGGAGCGACUGAAGUAUGCUCGGCAACAGAAGCGGAGAGCGGCGAGGAAUAUGGAGGAGCUGAUUGCGAAGAGAGAAGAACUGGUCCGAAGAAAGAGAGGUAUCAUCGAGCAGGAUCUCGGUCGGUUGAAAAGCGCAGGUUCGGCGGUCGUCAAACCAAAAUAA